GAUUUUGUUUUUUGCCAUUUUCAUCUCUUUCUCUCUUUUCUUUAUUUUUAGCUGCUUUCUUUUCGACUAUUUUCUAUCUGCGCUUUCUUUGUGUGUCUUUCCUUUCUCGCGCGGUUGUUUCGAUUGACUCGCUCUGCGUCUCGCUGGCCGGCAGCCGCAACGCCGCUGACAUCGGUACGCACACACGGCAAUCAGUUUCUUUUUCUUUUGUUCACUUGCAAGGCGUUCGGGGAGAAAGGGAGAACAGACGAAGCAAAGGUGUCGUCCUCAGCGCGGAAUACAGCGGAGUCGCAGGCGGCCGCGAAAGUCUUGAGAUUGAGAGAGAGAGAGUGUGUGUGUGUGUGAACAAAAGCGUUGCUUCUCAUUUACUACUUUCUUUCUUUUUUACUUUGUAGUUUGUGUGUGUGUCUGCGGGGUUGUUUCAUCGUACAUUUGUGCUGCUCGGGGCUCAACCAUCGUUUCGUUCUGCCUCCAUAUUUACCUUUUCGUAGUGGGUGCGUCUUUUCUUUUCGCUUUCUGCUGCUUCUGCUUCUCACCGACCAGCUCUCCAUUUCCUCUUUUCUUCUUCUUCUGUGAAGCUCUCCGCCGUCUCGCUUCGUGUGUGUGGUGAGAGCUGGCGCUUUACCGAGCUCGGUGUCUGCUUGUUCGCUUUGCUCGUUUGUACCUCUCCUCUUUUUCUUUUGCUUUUCCCCCUUUCUUCUACCGAGGUGUCUGCGGUUCCCAAAAACCCACAUUCCGCAGUAAAAAACCCCCAAAAAGCCGCCAAAUCCAAAAAGAAAAGAAAACGGAGUCGUUGGCACGCGCACACGGACCUUUACACCAGCUACACGUGUAAGGCCUCGCUUGCAGACUCGUUGGCUCGCCGGAUUACAUAUUAUAGCAUUUUUUUAACUAAUUUUUCUUUUUCAUAUAACGCUCUUUAAAAUCUUUCAAAUAAGAAAAACACCUUACAUACCAAACGAAGCACACAAGCUUUCGCUUCAUCCUUUAAGGCGAAGCACGUCGUGUAUUCCCAUAAAGACCGAACUAUUUCUCUUUUCUUUGUUGUGCUUCAUCAGAUCUGCUUUUCAUUUACAUUAAUUCAUGAAAGGAAUCCUCCUCUGCGUUUUGCUUUCCUGCUCGAUUUGACGCUCUUUUAUCCAUUUUCUCGAGAUAUUGCGCCGCCCUCCAAGCUUUCCGCUGCUGCCGCGUGUUUUGCCUGCGUCGGUUCCGCCUGUACAACUCCGUAUCGGAAGCGCUUUCACAGAGAAGGCCGCGAUUCUGCUUACACGUCUUGUCACUCAGCGACGCUUUGUUUUUUGUUUUUUCCUUGUUGUGUCUUGGGUCUCUGCGAUGUCUCACAACGUGCGCCCCUCGCGGUACGCCGUCUCGCAGUCGAAGGCGCGCAUCUUCGUUGGCCAGCUCGAGCCCUACGUCACGGAGCACGACCUCUACCCCGUCUUCAGCUGCUUCGGCAAGAUUCUGCAUCUCAACAUCGUCCGCCACUCCACCACCGUCACGCCGAACGAGGAGCGCCGCAUCCCGACCGCCUUCGUGUGGUACGAAACCACCACCGAGGCCGACGCCGCCAUCGCCGCCCUGCACAACGUAUUCACCUUCUCCUCGCCGGACGAGGAGGAGAACAAGGUGCGCUACAUUCAGGUAAGCUACGCAGACAAGAGCCCGGAGUGCACCGCGUGGGGAAAGUGGCAGAAGACGCAAGCGGAGAUCAUGCGCCGCACGAACCCGUCUGGCACCGGCACCGGCACUCACACCGGCGGCGCUGGCCUGUCCCUGCGCCUCAGCCUUCCCUCCCAGCAACUCAGCAGCGGGUACUCCUCACCUGCGAUGAACGGCGGCGGCUUCACCGUCUCGGCGGGCGGGCCGACGAUGCGCACUUCGCAGUCCAGCGGCGCCCUCUCGAACGGCCGCUACCCGCGCAACACAUCUCGGGGGCCGCGUGGGCCGCCCACUCAGACGCACCGCCCCCCGUCGCAGUACUACGGCAGCUACGACAAUCUGUACAGCCUCGGCCGCCGCACCCAGCUCUACGGCACCAUGUCCCCCACCAGCAACACGAGUCUCAACAACCCGAACAUGGGCUACAACGAACGGCACGGCAGCGGCGGCGGCGACGGCGGCGGCAGCGGUGGCGCCUCGUACUGGAGUAUGGCGGGGGAGAUGAAGCGCAACGUCUUUGCGGAUCCUAACCGUGCCCGCCACACCGCGCGCUACACGGCGCCAGACCCGGAGGAGAAUCUGAUUAUGGCUGCGCCGACCUUCACCGUCACAAGCGGACCGUAA